CUUCAACACCUGCGUCUCCUUCACUUCAUAACCACAGUGUUCGUUCAUUCCGACCUUGCUCUUCGUUGACUGUCUCGGAGUCAUGCUGUGCCCAUCUCAAAGCUGUCAGCAUAAUAUCACACAGUAGAGAAGUGCGCAUCACACCACAGUCCAGUGUGGCAGAGCCAGAGACGCUCCAGACUCAAAGCCAGGAAAUGGCUUCGACAGACUCGCCGUUGAUUAACGGCCACUCGAUGCCUUCACCUGGUCUGCAGCAAUACGCUGACUUCUACGAAAAGCUUUCUAUAUUACAACAGGAGGUCUAUACAGGCAGACACUCGCGCAUCAGGUUACCUGAAUCUGUAGUUGCGCGAUUGAUGCAACACACAGUGCAGAAUGUGCCAUCAACGUCUGUUCCAGUAGCUAAUGGAGACACUAACGUGUCGAUCUAUACAACGCGCUCACCCACAUCUCAAGACCCAGCUGCAAUCUUGUUCCCGCCCUACUCCACGGAGAAGGCAUUAGUACCGCCUCCUAUCCCUUCGGCGAAACGUCAACUGUCGGAACUUGAUCCAAUUUUCUUGACAAAGUCUGAUGAUCUGGUGAGAGCAGAAACACAAUUAAGACGCCAAAGAAUAGAACGAUCGCUCAAAGACCUAUAUGAUGCGAAGAAAGGAUUGCCACGCGACAAAGACUUUCCUUAUGAUUCUGAGAUACGUUUUGACGUUGACGAAAUCUUGGCCAAAGCUCUUGCACUGGUCGAGCCCGUGUCAGGCUUCGAUGAUCCAGAACCCAGUGAUUCGUUCGAUGAGGAUUCUUACUACUCAAGUAAAGCAAAUAGCUGGUCUACAGACGAACAGGCCGCUAGUGGUUGGAAGGAUGAUCAUACCAUACAGUCAAUUGCUACUAAAGGCAAAGCCGGACUGAUCGUUGAAGAGACUCAGCGAGGUAUGCCUGAUACUCAGGCUGAAGACAUUGAUCCGGAUGACGACGAUGAAUACGAGCCAACAGCUGACCUGGAGAUGAUAGAGCCUGAGUAUGAACCAGAACUAUCUGGUGCUCAUCACAGUGAAGAUGAUGAUUACUCACCUCCACCAGCAGACUUGAACUCAUCACGCGCUCCAAAUGGUCAUGUCCCAAGCAUACCUGUAAAUACGUCUGCCCGCAAUGCAAGGCGCAGCCGAACACCAGAGCCAGUACCUGUGUUCAGGAAUCAGAUCACAUCUCCUAUCGCCCCGCAGCCUUCUCGUAUCUCCCCCCUGGCCACGGCAAAACAACCGCGCGGGACUCGGAACCGCAAUAACCAACAUGGGCAACAGAAUAAGAGUCGACCUGGCUCACCGGCUGGUCAUGAAAAUGGAGGCCCGAGCCGGCAGAACAAACAGGGAAACGGUAAUUUUAAGUCGCCUCGUAACACAGGUCAACAGAGCCCCAAUGUACCCAAGAACGGCAUCCAAAAUCCCCGAAAACGAAGGAGAGAGGAACAAGCAGAGAAACAGGCAGAGAAGCGACGGAAUUCUGGAAAGAGAGUCGCGCGCUCGCCUCCAGUCCUUGAGCCAGUCAUUAAAGAAGAACCCGUCUCACCACCACCAAUCGCCAGGCUCUCGGAUCCGCAGCCGUUGCGGCGACGACUGCAUGAAUAUCCCAGCGACCUCGAGAUCAUUCAACCAAGGGAGUUGGUACGACCUGUUUAUUACCGGGAUGUUGAAUCGAGACAAGCUCAGCGUGCCUAUGAAGUCGACGAACCCACUACACCAAUUCAGACUGUCGCUAGAGUGCCUUCGACUUCCAGUCACAGACGAAUCUUGGAAAGGGACGAUCAAGACCUGAGGCGAGUCGCUAGUCUACAGUAUGCUCGCCGGCAAUCCCCUCCUGCAGAUGGAAGAUCUUCACGAGCAGUCUCACACGCAUUCGUAGAGCCAUCCCUACAGCCAGUGUACCGUACGGCUUCCACGCGCCCAACCCCUUCACAGUAUAUCCGCGACCGAUCCAGGUCGCCAAUAUAUGUUGAGGAUGCUUACGCAGGAGCUAUGCGCCCACCUCCUGCACCAGCUCCAAGACCUUUCAUCGUGGAUGAGUACGGCAAUAAAUACUACGCUGCACUACCGGAACGUUCACGCGUAGUAGAACGCAGCUCUACUAGGGAACCAAUGCUACGCGCGUCAGUAAGACCUGUGGAUACAUAUGAUGACGAAGAGGUUGUGCGAAUGCCUCCACCGGUACGUAGGUACAUUGAGCACGCUGAACCUGAAAGGCAAUACCGUGUCCGCGAAUUUUCGACGGCUCGUGAUGACCCGAGUCGCCAACCUAUUGCUAUGUAUGAAGACAUGCCGCCUCCGCCACAGGCUUAUGUAAGUCGUGCAUACAGCAUGCGCCCUGAAGUAGUUCAUCGUGAGCCCGGCGUGGAGUAUGUGACGAGGCACCAGUCAAUCGCCCCAGGUAGAGAUUUUCCAGGACGAGGAGCAUCUGUGGCACAAGGAUAUAGAGAGGUCAGUGUGAUGAGGGAAUCUAGACAUCACGAAGAAGGUGUACGGCACAUUACGUAUCAAGCGCCUACCUCUCAGCGAAGAUACGUGGAUGAGGGUGAGGAAGACCUGUAUGGGGAGCCUUCGAGAAGAGUGGUUUACCGCUAACAAUUGGUCGAGAAUUGUACUAUGUUUGUAUAUUUAUUUUUAGCUAGCUGUGCCAACAGCCGCGGAGUCCGCUCUUUAUAUAUUGUCCGACAAGUCGGGAUAUAGCAGUCCAUUUGACGUUACCAAACAUGC